GGGGGGCGGGCUGAAAGGAGGAGCUGCAGUGAGAGCAUAUCCUCCCCCCCUUCCCAUGUCAACAAGCUGGGCGCCUGCGCCGGGGGUUUGCGCGUCUUUUCCUCUCAUGCGCGGUAUUUGCUUCCCGAGCAGGGGCCGGGGUUUGGCCUAGACUAGAACCGGCGGGGGCGCCAUAAGUGGGCGCUCCGUUCCCCGUCUCUGGCUCCCGCGGGUUGCUCAGGAUGGCGGAAGAUUCGCCCAAGCGGCGCAAGGCCAAUUUCAACGAGGCAGAGACGGAGGUGCUGAUCGAGCAGGUGCUGAAGCACGAGCAGGUGCUGUUCGCGGCGGGGCCUGGCCGGGCCUCACCCGGCCAAAAGCGCAAAGUGUGGGAGCUGAUCCGGCACAAGGUGAACCCGGUGGCCGCCUGCCCCCGUGAGGUUGAGGACCUCAAGAAGCGCUGGCGAGACCUGAAGCGCCGUGACCGGAGCAAGCUCUGCCGCAUCACCCAAGGGCCCGUCCCCCACCCCGCCUCUCUCGGUCUCCUGAUGGCCAGCGAGGAGAUCUCGCCACCCGAUCACCUCCGAUCCUACGCCUCGGGGCUGUCGGUUCCUAAUGAGGCUUUGCCCAUCGUUGGCGGCAUCGACACGCUGGAUUUGCCUGGAGCUUCUUCCGUGGCGGAUAUCGGUUUUACAGAUGAUCCAGGCCCAUCUCACCAACCAUGUGUGGAGAAGAUAAAUCUAAAAGAAGAGAUAGUGGUGAAAGUAGUGGAGCCUGAAGAAAGCUCGGAGGACAUGGCUGUAGUUCCUCCUAGCCAGGAGCAAACACCUUUUUUAGGGAUACUCAAUGGAGGUCCCUGUGGAAAAGUAAAAACUAAAACAAAAACUCAGCCCCAGACCGACCCCAAUGAAAUUACAGAAGAGGAUCUAUUGCAGAUUCAGCAAAACCAACUCCAUGUCAUCCAGUCUGGCUUUGAUAGUAUCAACCAUAAUCUGCGUCUGCUGCAGCAAGCCAUGCAAGAUCUGAACAACAGCCUAAGCAUGGCGGCACAUACUUUAGUGGCUAUUAAAAAUGUCUACGUGAAAAACAACGCUGGGCCGGCCACCUUUGCUACAGUUGCUACUCAGACCACCUCAGGAUACUUGAGCCCUGAGUCCCCAUUGGUUGAGGACAGAGUCAGAGUACCGGUAGCUGGAAGUAGUAGCAGAAGCAGCAGCUGCAGCUCCAGUUCUAUGUCACAAGAGCCAGGCCCUUCAGAAUUUCCCAGGCCCCCGCACAGACCCAUUAAGAAGGAACAUCCAAAUGGCUGUUACUAUUUCUGUUUUGCAGAUGUGUAAGACUUGAAUACUACUGUGUUUGACGGGCUAUUUUGUACCCUGCUCGAUAAUGCAUCAUGGUGGAGCAGGCUUGUCUUGCUGUCCUCUAUAAUGCUAAAUAUGUAAGAUUUCCACCACCCCCAGCUGGGGAAACCUUACAUAGCAUGAGGCAUUAUGCUAACUGUUUUUACAUAGAUUUAUUAUGGGCUUGUAUUUUAAUUAUUGUAAGCAGCAAUGUGAAUGGAUUGGAAAGGUGGAAUAUAAAUCUUUUAAAUAAUUACAGCUCUUAGAAGCUAGUCCUAUCUAUGUUCACUCAAAAGUUAGUCCCACUGAAUUGUAGGACUAGCUCCUAAACAAGAAAGCAUAGGAUUGCAACAUUAGUAGUUAUUCAGUAGGUUCUGCAGUUGGUUGAUAUGUAGCAUCUUCCCUUCUAUUUUCCCCCUUGGAGGGGGUGAGAAAGACUUGACUCAUCUAGAUCUUCCUGGUGUUAAUUGGCCUUUUAAAACAAAGCAGUAUAAAAACAUAGCAGUAAAUUUAUCUAGUAUCUGGUACAGAAUUUGGCAUACAGUUUUAUUUUGUUUUAGCAAGCCUAACUGCCCAUUAGUGAUAAAUUUAGUACUUGGUUGUACUUUUUUCAAAAAAGAAAAUCUGCCUACUUCUACUACUUCUGUAAGGAGCCUAUGCAGUUUGUCUGUUGUAGGACUGGGAAUUAAUCUGGGUACUGAGCCACAAGCAAGUGCUUUUAGGUUUUCCUUGAUCAUCAUUCUUUGCUGCUCAUGUCCAGCUCCUUUGAAUGCAUCUUCCCUGCACAAGCACUCUGCUCACAACAUGCAGUAGUGGGGAGGCUGCCCUUUGUUACAUAAUUAAAGAAAAUUUGCCAAAAAUGAA